CUCUCCAUUGCGAAAAGGAAUAAAAAACUCGAGUGCUCUUCUCGGCAAGAUCUACUAUUCUAGUUAGUUUCUCCAAAGUUCUAGAGAGAGAGAGAGAUUUGAUUAUUUUAUAGUAUUUCUCUUUUUGUUUUUUUUGUUAUACACGAAUAAAUUUUUUGAAAGAAUUCGAUUCCGGGUUUGUUUAAUUAGCAUUCAAAUUCAAUAAACUAGCGGGUCAACCAGAUCCGAAGAGAGCGAGCUUGAUCGGAGUGGAGAUCUGACCCCAUUCCAAUCGGAGAAGAUGAAUAUAUUCAGAUUCGCCGGUGAUAUGACCCACCUGGCCAGCGUCCUCGUCUUGCUUCUCAAGAUCCACACUAUCAAAUCCUGUGCUGGUGUUUCUUUGAAAACUCAAGAACUGUAUGCCAUUGUAUUCGCGACUCGUUACUUGGAUAUCUUUACGGAUUUCAUAUCUCUAUACAAUACCUUCAUGAAAUUGGUAUUCUUGGGGAGCUCAUUUUCGAUUGUUUGGUACAUGAGGAGCCACAAGAUUGUUCGUAGGUCCUAUGAUAAAGACCAAGACACAUUUCGCCAUUACUUUCUCAUAGUGCCAUGCCUACUCUUGGCCAUGAUCAUCAAUGAGAAAUUCACCUUUAAAGAGGUCAUGUGGAGUUUUUCAUUGUACCUAGAAGCUGUUGCUAUUCUUCCUCAACUCGUGUUGUUACAGAGAACAAGAAAUAUUGACAACUUAACUGGCCAAUAUAUAUUUCUUCUUGGGGCAUACCGAGCAUUCUACAUUUUCAACUGGAUUUACCGCUACUUCACUGAGCCACACUAUGUUCAUUGGAUUCCUUGGAUUGCAGGGCUCCUCCAAACGCUGCUAUAUGGCGAUUUCUUCUAUUACUAUUUCCACAGCUGGAAGAACAAUAAAAAGCUUCAGUUACCAGCUUGAGUUCGAUUCAACCUUUCUUAGUCCGGUCGAAGGUGGAGUGCACAGCUUAAUGUGGAGGAUUUUAUCCAAUGCUUGUGGCAAAAAUGCAUUAUCUCUUGCACCCUUUUUGGUAGUGUCUCUUUUUCGCCUGUUUCACAUGCCUUCUUCUCAAGGUAGCGACUGUUAUAUGUUACUUGGGGAGUGUAUAUGACCCGAAUGUGAAACUGUUCCAGUCAUGGAUUUCCAGUACAAUUAGGUGAUAAGAUAUCAUUUUUUGAAACCUAUACACUGCAAGUGUUGCUUGCCUAAAGAUUUAUUCUUUUAAUUUUUUGUGAUAAUACUUUGAAUUAAAAUUUGUAUCUGAACCAAAAUACCCUUUAUUCACUUUCAUCUCGAGUUGGAAGAGGGAAA